AUGGACCAUAUGAGCCAUGACAACAUGAGCACUAUGAACUCUGUCCCUUCAACAGGGCCGGCCAUGGCAAUGGGUAUGAUGGGCACAUUUUCGACUUCGACCAAAGUCACCCUUUUUUUCUCGGACUGGACAACAGACACGCCUGCCAAAUACUUCGGCACGCUCAUCUUCCUGUUCAUCGUCACGCUUCUGAACCGCUUCCUGGGCGCUUGGAGAAGCCAGCUUGGUCACAAAUGGGCGAACGAUGCUGCCGACGCGCGGCGAAAGGUAGAGCAGCGGCGCGAAUACAAGCGUUCUCUCAAUAGAGCGAAGUUUGAACGGGAGUCUUCAGAUACAUGUUAUGACGGCGAAGAAGAGUCAUCGACCGAACAGGCACCACUUUCGCCUUACCCUCCCGGAACAGAUAUCGAAGCUGGCGGAAAGAAGCGGGCUUGGUCACCGAAGUGGAUGGCCGUAUUUGGGGGGCGCUGGAGAGCAGGCAAUCCGUGGAGGGUCAACAUCGAUGUUCCGCGCGCUUUGCUGGAGGGAAUAAGGGCAUUAAUAGGGUACCUUCUAAUGCUUGCUGUGAUGACGUUCAACCUUGGGUUUCUUCUUGUGGUCAUAUUCGGCAUCGUCGUAGGAGAGCUCGUUCUCGGUCGUUUUAUCUCUGGCACCGGUUGGGAGGAAGGGGGUUGCCAUGACGGCUAA